GCGGGCAGGGUGGGCGGAGGGCUCCAGGCACCCCAGCCCGGCCCCAGCCUGGCCCAGCUCCCUGCCGGGUCUGGGAGCCACCCACCCCGUCCCCGGACAGCCCUUCCCACCCUCUCAGGCGCCCCAGCCUCUCUCUCUCCUCGAUACAGAUCUGUCCAGACCUUCCGUUAGUGACCCUUGGUACCACCCCACACUGUGAGGCCAUCACCUCCAUCCAGUUCCAGAACAUUCCAUCACCCAAAGGUGCUCGCGUGAGUCCCCACAAGCCCGCCCAGCUCCACCCUGCCUCCACAGUCCAGGCCCUCCCGGAGUCCCUGUCCUGGGCCCUCCUGUCACUGGGCCACGCCCCGAGGCCUCGGGAGCAGCCGCUCCACCCAGGGCUUCUGCCCCAGGCCUCUGCCAGCGCCCAGGGCCCCUCCUGCAGCUUCCCGCCCCCGGGCACCCGGAGACCGGCCCUGCCCCACCCCCACCUUCCCAGAGACCCGGCCCUGCCGCCGCUGCCCAACCUCCUCCCCUCCGGGGAAACAGGUCGCUAAGCUGCAGGCAGGGGGCUCCCUCAGCCAGGGGCCGGGUGUUUUCGCAUGUCACUGAAGCGACUCCGAGGUCCUUCUGCUGCUCGAGGUGGGGACCAAGCCUUUCCUGGGCUUUGCGCCUCCAUAUGUAAGAUGCCAGCGGAAAGAUGAAGAGAUACAGCGUGAGCAUGGGGGUGGCCCAGGACAGGGCCCAGCGCUCCACGAAUGGGGCAGCCGAGGCCUCCCCGAGCCUGCGCCAGCCACGGGCGCCUUGCUGUUUGGGGAGCACCCAAGCCUGGGCUGCCUCAGGGCCUUUGCACUCGCCGAUCUGCUGCCUGGAACCUCUGCUCUUGAGUUGUGUGUGGACAGCCCUCCCCGUUGCGCUUUCACCUCAAAGCCGCCCCUCAGCAGCCACGGGCCUGAGCUGAGUGGCACCACCCCAGAGGACCUUGUGCUCCCCACACUGCAGCAGCAGCCGGCCUUUAUGGUGCACCUACUGCAUACAGUGGACCUGCCGUUAUUGGGCACCAACGUGUGUGACUGGGAGGUCAGGCCACGACAAGCCAAGGGGCGGAGCCUGAAGAACGCGCUCAGACGCUGCUCCCUGGGCCCCUGCACCUCCACACUUGGCUUCCCUGGGGAAAGCGGCCACGAGGUUUGAAACCAACCCAGCAAGACCACCAUGCUGUUCAGGAAGGACGAGAGGAGUGUCCGCGACACUCAGUCCAGCUGAAGCCUGAAGUUGCAGAUGUGGAGCCCGUGGGUACCGAGGGCCAGAGGGCCCGUGUGCCGACAGCAAAUGCCAGUGGACUGGGGUGCCUCCCCUCCCUGCUUUGCAAACGGUGCCGCGUGCACACCUCUCCCUCCUCACCACGACUGCCACAUCAGUAGGUGGAGGCGUCCCACUCCUUUUCAGGGGUGAGUAGUACUCCACUGCCUGGCCAGGCCUACAGCGCUCUAGCUAGUUUCCUUUUGAUGGGAACGCAGUCGCUCCAUCGUGCGAUCACAGACCACAUGGCACGUGACCAAUGUCAUCGAGAGAUGAAAGGCCACAGGUAGAAUUUCUGGGUCAAACGGGAAGGGCCUUUUUUAUUGGUCAGAAUUCUCAUGAAACGUUCCAUCCAUGGGGACACUUGGGAGUGGACCGAGGUCUCCAGGCCCCGCCCCGCCCCGAGGCAGGCUGCGGUCGCCACCGCCCACCUGCGUAGAGCUAGCCAUCCUAUCGCUGCCUGCGGGUGCAUGCAGAGGAGGGUCCCCGGGAGGGGCUGGGGUUCUGCCUUUGCGGGAGCAAGAUCAGGGGUCCCCAGGGUUAGGGGACGCCCUGAAGUCAGGACAGGGGCAGUGCAUCGUGGGUAGAGCGAUUGAGACCCACAGGGAGGCAGCGAGGCGGACGUGGAGGCCGAGGCGGGGAGAGGUGGGGCGUGGCCGGCGGGGUAGCAGCCUGCAGGAGCCCGGAGACAGCCGGGCAGGGGGACCCUGCGACAGCUCCCCUGGGCACAGCGUGGGCUGCAGAGGACCAGGGAGGAUGGAGCGCUUUCCCUCCCUGCCUCCCACAGCCAGGAGGCCGAGGAGCCGCAAAGUCGAGGCUCAGAUGAACCGAACAGCAGCCUCCUGGGGUGCAGCCAGUCGCUCGGGUCCCCUCACGGGGCACGGGAGGCGUGGGGGUCGGGUAGGUCCCAAAGGCCCUGUCAGGCUUGGUCCCAGCCUGGAGCCACGGGGAGGCUGGGCCUCUGAGGAGGCCCGGGGGAGGUCUGAGGCCGCUGCUGGGCCCCGUCUCCCCGCCGCCCCUCCGCCCGCUCCUGCCUGGCCAAGGCCCAGGGCGGCCGGCCACCGACCGGGGACUGGCACCUCCACAGCCAGAGCCGGAGCCAACCUGUGUCCGGGGCUGACCCUCUGGCUCGGGGUUGUGGCCUGGGGCCUGCGGGUCUGUCCUGGCGGCUCCUUCCCCCCGCGGGCGCCAGGCCGCCCAGCUCCAGUGUCCAGCCGCGUCCAGGAAGGUGGUGCUCGGCCUUCCAGCCGCCUGGAGCCGGGGCGGCUGCAGGAGAGACAGAUGGACAGAGACGGAGCUGGGGAGAGACGAGAGAAGAAGAGAGGAGAGAGACGCGGCAGGGCGGGGGAGACGAGGCGCGUCCAGAGGGGACAGGAGGGGCCGGGCAGGGACUGCGGGGCGCGGGCCGGACGCCCCCUGCCCGCUGGGCCGCACAGCCGGGGCCCCUCCCGCCACCUGCCGGGCCAAGUCCCAGGGCCAGUGUGGGCCGCGUGCCUCGCCCGCAGCCAAUCCUGUGGCUUGGCGGGGGCCGCGCUCUCCCUGCCAGGCCUGGGCCACCUGCACCCGGCCAGCAGGUCCCCCAAGCAUACCCGUGACUGGCCCCAGCAGGUCACAAAGGCGGCCGGCGCCACCACCAUUAUCCCUCACGGAGGAGCCGCUGGGUGCCCAGAGAGGGCAGCCGCAGACUUGGGGUUGCCCAGCAAGAGCAGUCGGGCUGGCACUGCGACCCACACUGGGGAUGGAGGAGAGGUCAGCGUGAGGGGCAGGGGCAACACCGGCAGAGGAACGUGCUGGGCCAAGUGGAGGCCGGGAGGUGGAGGAAGGGCCUCCUCCAGGAGGUCGGUGAGGCCCCGCCCCCUGGUGCAGCCCUGCCCCAACCGGAAGCCAAAACGGCCAAGCAGCUUCAGCCGGGUCUGGCAGGCCUGGCUGGGGCUCCUCUCCUGCGCCAGGGUGGGUCCUGUGCCCGCCCAGAGAAGUGGCGCCUCUUCCCGCGGCCUCCCUAAGCUUGGGGACCCACCCAGGCACCAGGCUGAGGCGCUCCUGCCACCGCUUAGCCUCGGGCCAGCUGUGAGCUGCCAGGGGCUAAAGGGAGCUGCGAGCCACAUGGGAGUGACACCAUUCUUCUCUCCCGGCGGCUGGGCUGGUACAGGGCAGGCUGGAGCUGCCUAAGCCGCGAGCGAGCCAGGCCCGGGCAGGAUGAGGAAUCCAAGCGGGAAGCACUCCUUCCUGCUCGGCCAUUCCGAGUGCCUGGAGCCAGCCUCACCUGAGGCCCACGCUGUGGAGUUCCCAGUAACACACACUGACAGGUUCUCUUCUCCACUAAACCAGGGUGCACUGCGCUCUGUCUUCUGCCCACACAAGUCCCCGACGGUACGUGUCUGUGACGUGGAGCAAGAACCACGGAGCGGGGCUUCUGCACCCUCCAGCUCCCCCUCCCCCUCAGCAGGCUCCAGGACGGGGCGUGGGGGUCCCAGGUCCCUGUGUGUCUGCCCCUCCUGAGCUCCCCGUCUGCCCCGCCCCCCACGCUGAGCUCGAAAGAGAAACCAGGCUGCGGGGUGGCGGGAAGCCAGGCGCCAACGAGCUGGGACAGUGAGCCUGCCCUGUCCCUGGAUCCUGAACUGGACUCAGAGUCUCCUUCGUGAGAUGGGGCUUGGGGACCUUUCACUCUUUCACAGGCCUAUACUGAGGUCCUACUAUGUGUCAGGGCAGGGGCAGGUGGAGUCUCUCGAGGAACUCACGGUCCCAUGGGGGAGGCGGGUGAGGCUUGGCGCUCGAGGAAGGUGAUGUCACAGGAAUGCCAGGCGGAGGGGCUGUGGACCGCUCUCAGCCAGGUCACAGGGAAGCUGGGCUCUGGAGGUGGGCGGGUGCUCCAGGCAGGGGUGCAGCCGUGCAAAGGCCCUGAGGCAGGAUGGAGCCCGGUGUGUGGGAGGCACAGCAAGGAGCUUGUGGUUGGAAAGAGGCUGGGGAGGGGGUAGGUGGGCUCCGGGUCUUCAGCACUGAACUCCUGUGGGCGGGUAACAAGUCCAGGUGCCCCGGAGACUCAGAGGUGCCAUCUUCUCAGUGAGCGUCUGGGACCCUCAGGGAGCACCGCGUGAAGACUGCGUCCACGUUGGGGAACCUGGUCCGCCUGUGGGCCCUGCAGGCCUCCGUGGGUCCGGGGCUGCCGGGAGCCAAGAUGCUCUGAGCUGGGGGGAGGUUUCCAAAGGCUGAGCGGCCCAGUGAGGGGCCCAGCCACGUCCCUGCAGUCCCGGGCCCAGGUGGCUGGGGGCUCCCGGGACUGGAGUGUGCGGGACGAUGUCACAGAGGCUGGAGGCCUCUAGAACCCUGAGGGCUCCUGGGCUCAGUGUCAUCGGGCAGAGGGCUGGCUGGGGUGGACGCCCUGAGACCAGGCUGCUGAGACACCAUGGGGGCCAGGCUGCCAGCGGGAGCCGCCUCUGCCUAGGGCCCGCCCGCCCCCGCACCGCGCCCCGCCGCCAGCCCCCUCCAGCUCACCUCCCUUCCCUUCCCGGCCCAGGAGCCCCUGGGAGGCCCCAGAGAUGCCCCAGGGCCUCCUGGAGUCCGCCGUCCCUGGGGGGACCUAACCCGGAGAGGCCGCAGCAGCGGGCUGCCAUGGGGCGGCCGGGCCCGCUGGCCGUCAGGGCCGCGCUGAUCCUGUCCCUGCUCCUGGUGCCCUCGCAGGCGGUGGUGCGGGCCGUGCUGGAGGGCAACGCCAGCUCGGUGGACUUCGCAGACCUGCCCGCCUUGUUCGGGGUGCCCCUGGCGCCGGGUGGCGUGCGGGGCUACCUGAUGGAAGCCAAGCCGGCCAACGCCUGCCACCCCAUCGAGGGCCCGCGGCCCGGCAACCGCUCCCUGGGCGCCAUCGCGCUGAUCCGCCGCUACGACUGCACCUUCGACCUCAAGGUCCUGAACGCGCAGCGCGCCGGCUUCGAGGCUGCCAUCGUGCACAACGUGCGCUCCGACGACCUGGUGCGCAUGGCCCACGUCUACGAGGAGCUGCGGCGCCAGAUCGCCAUCCCCUCGGUGUUCGUGGGCGAGGCCGCCUCGCAGGACCUGCGGGUCAUGGUGCGCUGCGACAAGUCCGCCCACGUCCUGCUGCUGCCCGACGCGCCGCCCUGCCCCGACCUGGACUGCCACCCCGUGCUGGCCGCGUCCUGGGUGCUGGGCCGCACCCUGGCCCUGUUGGCCUCCACCUGCUUCAUCCUGCGCCGCCUGUGGCUCUGGAUCCGGGGCUGGUGGCCGCGGGUGCCGCCCGCCAAGGCGCAGGCCUGCCAGAAGGCGCAGGUGCGCACCUUCACGCGCAGCAACGACCUGUGCGCCAUCUGCCUGGACGAGUACGAGGAGGGCGACCGGCUCAAGAUCCUGCCCUGCUCGCACGCCUACCACUGCAAGUGCAUCGGGCCCUGGUUCUCCCAGGCCGCCCGGCGCUCCUGCCCCGUGUGCAAGCAGUCGGUGGCCAGCACCGAGGACGGCUCCGACUCCACGGUCGAGAGCUUCGGCGACGAGGACGCGUCCCUGCCCGGCCACCAGCCGCCCAUCUGGGCCAUCCAGGCCCGGCUGCGCUCCCGGAGGCUGGAGCUGCUGGCCCGAGCCAGCCCCAGCCGCCACUGCAGCACCACGUCCCUGGGGGCGGUGGACACCGGCGUGCCCUCCGACAGGUCCCCGGAACCCUCCUGAGGCUGCUGCCCUGGCCGGAGACAAUCCAGGGCGGGAGGGUGGCAAUGGAUGUUUCUAGAAUAAAGUGGGUUUGAAUGUGGAUUUUCGCCCUCCACUGCUCUUGGGCUACCCGGCCUCGGGCUGGGUCGGUGAGGGACGCCCGGCCCCGCCCCCGGGGCCCCGCCCUCCAAUUGGCCCCGCCCACCAGCCCGCCCCUCCCGCCGGCCGUGGACACUGAGGCUCCAGCCCCUUCGGUGCCGCCACCGUCGGGGAAACCGCCUCCGGCCCGGACGGCGCGUGCGCACGCCUUCUUUUAAA